AUGGCGCUUUUUGCUUUCGAUCAUCUGACRCAGAAAUACUUUAAUCCGAAUGUGUUGGUCGGAAACUGGUUUGAGGAGCGUUGCGAUCGCAUGGUGGACAAGAAAGCCAUCGUACCGGGUAUCUAUGGAAGCUCCAAUUGCCCCGCAGAGCACAGUCUCUAUGUUGAGACUUACCAGCAGCCAGCGGCGGACAAAUGGAACUAUCACGAAUACAAAAGACAAGCCUUUGUCAAUAGGCUCAACAGCAUGGACACCCACUUCAGAACCAAAGAUUCGGAAGAGUUUUUGAAGAACAUGACAACAACAUCGGACGUCAUGUACAAUAUACGACCGGCUAAAGCGCGCGCCGAGGCCGCCAGUGGGCAAAAAUUGCUUGAAAAAACUGAAGAAAUGUUGAGAAACUACAAUCAGCCAACGAAGACUGGCAUUAUACAUCGGCUAAACUGCGAACGUGCGCACGAGGCGUCRGUUCGUGAUAUGAGCACAUAUAUGAAUGAUUUCCAGCGAAAACGCAGUGAGUCACGAGAAGAGCGGUUGAUGUUGGAACGUUGCCGAAAAUAUAAAAAACCAUCGCCAUUGUACACGGAGGAAUGA